UCUCCUUCCCUCGGAGCCGGGGAUCACCCUACCCAGCGUCCGUGCAAGCGAGAAAUAUAAAACGCGCUAUUGUGUCGGCGUCUUUUUAUAACUUGUUCUUUUUCUCCCGCCGCGAAACGUGCUUCGACCAGACGGCGAGCAGCCGUUGCCUCUCCGUCGUUGUUCGGACCUGCCUUUCGUUUGGUCGCCUACGAGAACGCCGGCAGGUAGAAGCAAAGGUGAAUCGACCAUGGCGAAGUGCCCCAUCGUGACGUUGGCUGAUGGCAAUAAGAUUCCGGCGCUCGGCCUUGGAACCUGGAAGUCGGCCCCCUCCCAAGUCUAUGAGGCCGUGAAGGAGGCUAUCCGCAUCGGCUACCGGCACAUUGACUGUGCGCUCGUCUACCUCAAUGAGCCCGAAGUGGGACGCGCCAUUUCGCACGCCAUCAAGGAAGGCCUUAUCAGCAGGGAAGAGCUCUUCAUCACCAGCAAGUGCUGGAACUCGUUUCACAGUAAACAAAAAGUUGUGGAAUGCUGCAACAGGAGUAUGCGGGCGUUGGGAGUUGAUUAUAUUGACCUCUACUUGGUUCACUGGCCUCAAGCGUACAAGGAGGACGGCGACCUCUUCCCGAAAGACGAAAAUGGCGACAUCCAGCUGGCCGACAUUGAUUACCUGGAGACCUGGGAGGGCAUGGAAGAAUGCAAGAGGAAAGGCCUGGUGCGCUCUAUCGGUGUGUCCAACUUCAACUCGGAACAAAUCACUCGCCUCGUCAAGUCAUGCCAGAUAAAGCCAGUGAUGAACCAGAUCGAGUGUCAUCCUUACUUGCCACAGAAGAAGCUCAUUGCUCUAUGUGCAGACUUUCAGAUCAAAACUACUGCGUACAGCCCGCUGGGUUCACCUGACCGGCCUUGGGCACCCAAGGGGGAGAAGACUUUGAUGGAAGACGAGACGGUGAAGGCGAUCGCCAAGAAGCAUGGCGUCACGGCGGCUCAGGUGCUUAUCCGCUAUCCAAUCGAACGAGGUCUCAUCAGCAUCCCAAAGAGUACAAACAAGGAAAGGAUCGCGGAGAACUUUAAGGUUUUAAGCUUUUCGCUUGACCCUGCUGACGUGGAAGCUCUGAACGGUCUUGACAGGAACUUCAGGGCGUGCGUACUGGACGCGGAUGUAAGCAGCAAGUACUACCCAUUCAACAUCCCCUACUAGAGCCAGGCAACGCCAGGUUCAUCUGUUAGGUUACAUUAAAGGCUGAAGUUCUCACUUUCA